AUGUCAAAAUAUGCUAAGCUAGUAGAAGGCUUGACUGGAACAGAGAUUUUGGAAAAGUUUCCAGACGUGAUACCUCUGCAAAAAAGGCCUAACACUAAAUCAAGUGAGUCGAGUUCGGAUGACGUUAGCGAUAAGGUGUUCUCAGGCCAUGACGAGGAGCAGAUAAGGCUCAUGAAUGAAAAUUGCAUUGUUUUGGACUGGAACGACGAGGCAAUUGGCGCUGGCACAAAGAAAUUGUGCCAUUUAAUGAGCAAUAUUGAAAAGGGACUGUUGCAUCGUGCGUUCUCUGCAUUCGUAUUCAACAAUGAGAAAAAAUUGCUGUUGCAACAGCGGGCCUCCGAGAAGAUUACGUUUCCAGAUCUGUGGACAAACACUUGUUGUUCCCAUCCGCUGUGUGUUGAUGACGAGAUAGGUUUGGAGGGAAGUCUGGAGGUGAAAGUUGAAGGUGCUAUUACUGCGGCUGUCAGAAAAUUGGACCACGAAUUGGGUAUUCCGCAAGAAGAAACUCUGAAAAAUGGUAAAUUUCAUUUCUUGAACCGAAUCCACUAUAUGGCACCCAGUAACGAUCCAUGGGGUGAGCACGAAAUUGAUUACAUUCUGUUCUAUAAGCUGAAUGAUGCGCAGCAACUAACCGUGGACCCCAACUUGAAUGAGGUGCGUGAUUUUGAAUGGGUCGAUGCUGAAACUUUAAAGGCAAUGUUCAAGGAUCCAAGCUUGAAAUUUACACCAUGGUUCAAACUGAUCUGCGAAAGCUAUUUAUUUAAAUGGUGGGAUCAACUUGAUAACUUAACUUCAGUGGAAAACGAUACCAAAAUUCACAGAAUGCUUUAA